AGCGACGCAGCACAGAGUCACGAAAACAGUUGGAAGCUAGUGCGAGUACGCGAAGUACGGAUUUAAGUGAUAAUUAAAAGUUUGUUCUUGUCAGUGAAUUUUAACUAAGUGAAGAUGUCUCUAAUUCCACUAUUGUUCGAAAUGGACCCGUGGGAGAUGCGGCGAACUCGUCGUAACGACUGGGAUCUGUUCGGCCUAGGAAUCACUCCUCGGGAAAUUCGCGAAUUGAUGGCUGUUCCACGGUUCCCAUUGGAGGCUGCAAGACGAGCUGCGAGUAGUGAUCUUCAACCAGCGAUAAUUGGAAAAGACGGGUUCCAAGUUUGUGUGGAUGUCCAGCAAUUCCGUCCGAACGAGAUCACCGUUAAAACUGUUGAUAACAUGGUGGUAGUGGAAGGAAAGCACGAGGAGCGCCAAGACGAACAUGGCUACAUUUCCCGACACUUUGUUCGAAAAUAUGCUCUACCCAAAGGAUAUGAUCCAAAGGAAGUGGUCUCAGCGCUGUCUUCAGACGGAGUGCUAACGAUCAAGGCUCCGAAACCAUCUGAGGAACAGAAGGCAAAUGAGCGCAUUGUCCAGAUUCAGCAAACUGGGCCAGCUCAUCUUCACGUCAAGGAAAAUGCUUCGGAAGAGGAGAAAAAUGAAAAGUAGAUUUUCAUGCCGACUCUAAUCCCUGGCGGAUUUUUCUAUUAACGCAACACUUACAUUCAUUGAAAUUUUAGUCAUUAUUUGUUAAGACAUUACCUUCGUCACCAAAAAUGUUUCGACAUAAAUUCUCAUUCCUUCUACUUUAAACGUGUACUUUAGUAUUUGUAUUGCCCUUAAAAAGGAAAUAAAAGUAUAAACGCUAUAAA